AUUUUAAUAGCAUGAAAACAUUAUGGGUGAUGUUUUGGUCAUUGAAAUGCUAUUUUUACUAGGGAAAUAGGAUGAGUGUGCAGGACCUCGAAAGAUUAUUCAAGGCCCUGAAUCGACUUCUCCGUCUGAUUACUUCUGUCUAAUCAAAAUGGCGAUCCUCAUGUAGGGGACGAAUGCUGUUUACUCGUUAUAUUUUGACCAUUAAUACCUGACAUACAUAUCAAAUAAUCUCUGAAUCAGCCAUGUUAUCAAGUAUAGCUUUAAGAAGCGCUCUUAAAUCGACAUCUGUCGUUCUGCGAGAAUGUGGCGUUUUAUCCAGGCUGAAAGGAACCUGUGCGUCUCUCCCAUUGAAACAUCGGACGUCAACCUCUGUCAUCACAGGGCCCUCACACAGCAACAAUGAGACUGUAUUGACAGGUAUUGGGAGUUUCACCAUUCAGCCUGUGAGAAACUAUACCCGUGCCAUAAGAAAGAAGAAGCCAGUGAUGCAAAGUCAGUUGAGUGAUCUUCCUCCGACAAUGCUGAAAAUGGAAUAUGCCGCUGUUCCAAUCGCUCAAACCGCUGAUGACCUGGUCAAAAGACUUCUGACACUGGAACUAGCAAGCCAUCGCGAGAAGUUGAGAUUGAAAACGGAGCAGCUGAUUGCAAAAGUCCGGAGGGAUGAAGCUGACCGCAGCUCUACAGAAGUCAAGGUGGCCAUUUUGACCUCCAAAAUCCGAAACUACCAGGAGCACCUGCACAAACAUACUAAGGACAAAGCGAACAAGCGAUGGAUGCUCAUGGCCAUUGACCGCAGGAAGAAGCUGCUCAAGCACCUCAGGGUGACGCGCUACGACGCCUUUGAACAUGUCUGCCAGCAGCUGGGCAUCACCUACACUUUCCCCCCGGAGUACUACAGACAUGCCACCCGACGCUGGCUGGCCAAGAAGGCCCUGUGCAUAAAGGUAUUCAAAGAGGUGCAGAAACAGAAACUGGAGCAAAGGAAGAAAAUUAAGCAGACCCCCCUCCCCAAACUGGCAGAACCAGCCAAGACAGCAGCUACAGGAACCCAAUAAACUACUACAGUAUCCAAUGUCUGUCUUACUCGAUGCAUUCAGUCUUGUGCUCAAUGGGCAAAUUAGUUUUGCAUGGCACAGUGCCUCAGGUGGGUGGCGUUUGCUCCUUUUUGACUAUUCCAUUUGUCCUAAGGAGAAAUCUCCACCCACCAAUGCCACCAGGCCAUGUAAAAUAUUGCUAUACUGUAAUAACAAACAUUAAUAACUUGUUGUUUGUAGUACACUAAGUCUUCAUUCUUCCUGUCCCCAAUGCAUGUUGAUGCAUCAUCAAACCACAUUUGGCCCAAUAAAUGCAGUGACGCAGAUAUGUGGUUUUGGUGUGGGCAAUAUCUAUGUGCUCAGCAUAUGUGACCUGAGACUCAAAUAAACCCACAAUUAAUCAUUGAAUUUAAUAAAAUAGAUUAUACAAUA